UUAAUAACUGUUGACGUACAGUACGCAUAACACCAAAUUGUUAACAUAUAAAUAUUUACCAUUGUGUGAUAACAUUUGAUUAACAAUUGGCCAAGUUAACUAUUAUAUUAAUUUUUGUUCGGUUUAUUGUUUGCGUACAAACCGUUAUGUAUGAUUGCGUGACGUUUUCGGACUAAUUUCAUAGCCGAAUAUUAGAAGUACAUAAUUAUUUACCCGGGUCCCGAACGUUUUCUUAACGUUUUGAAUAAUAUAAGCAAACGAUAUUGAUUUGUCUAGCCUACAAGGUCAGUUCAACAAAGUAUAUGUAUGUCUGUGAUGGUCAAACUUUUGCUUAUUAAUAUCACUUAAAUAAUGUCUUCGAAACCAAUGUUGUUAAAGGAGGAACAUUUCGUUGACAUGGAAGACAUUAACAUACAAAUUGAACCAUGCAAAACAUACUUCAGCGAUGGAUGUGUGGACUCUGCAGGACCAGACGAAAUUGAUUUAUUAAGAGAACAACCGAAAACUAAUUCUGAUGACUCUGCUAGUUGGUCUUCGUGGAUAAUGAAGCAAACUACAUCGUUUGGUUCCAAUGCAUUAAGUACAGUUGAUUACCUAGGUGAAUCUCUUGCUAACUUUUUUGGCAUCACUACACCUAAAUAUCAAUUUGAAAUAAACUACCAUAAAAAUAUUAUGCAAGAAAUGAAUGCAGAAAAAGUUUCAAAUGAAGAAAAUAUGAAAGGAUGGACACAAACACCUCAAAAAUGUAUUAUAAAUACUGAACCAUGUUAAAAUCAGUAAUCACAAUGUGUAAUCCACUGAUUUAUUAAAAUUAAGAGCCUAAUAAUUUAUUUAAGUAAACAUUUUUCUUUAAAUUA